CGGGAAGUUUCAAGUUUGAAAGUCCUGGAAGAGGGGCUGGAGCUUCCGGAACCGGAGUGGUGGAGAGGAAGGGCCCCGCUCGGCGCCAUGGAGAAGGGGGCGCCGCGGCAGCCUGGGGCAGACCAGCGGCCUCUAGAAGAUGAGAAAGAGCUGAUCCGCCGGGCCAUCCAGAAGGAGCUGAAGAUCAAGGAGGGUAUGGAGAACCUGAGGCGUGUGGCCACGGACCGCCGCCACCUAGGCCACGUGCAGCAGCUGCUACGGUCCUCUAACCGUCGCCUGGAGCAGCUGCACGGGGAGCUGCAGGCACUGCACGCGCGUAUCCUGUUGCCCGGCCCUGGGCCUGGCCCAGCUGAACCUGUGGCUUCAGGACCCCAGCUGGAGGCAGAGCAACCAAGGGCUCGGCACCUGGAGGCUCUCCGGAGGCAGCUGCAGGUGGAGCUGAAAGUAAAGCAAGGGGCUGAGAAUAUGACCCACACAUGUGCCAGUGGCACCCCCAAGGAAAGGAAGAUCCUGGCUGCUGCCCAGCAGGUGCUACGGGACAGCCAGCUGAAGGUGACCCUGCUGCGGAUGAAGAUCAGCAGCCUGGAGGCCAGUGGGUCUCCUGAACCAGGUCCUGAGUUGCUGGCAGAGGAGCUGCAACAUCGGCUGAGGAUUGAAGCGGCUGUGGCUGAGGGUGCGAAGAAUGUGGUGAAAUUACUUGGCAGCCGGCGAAUGCAGGACCGAAAGGCGCUGGCCGAGGCCCAGGCCCAGCUCCAGGAAUCCUCACAGAAACUGGAUCUUCUGCGGCUGGCCUUGGAGCAGCUGCUGGAGGGAUUGCCUCCUGCCCAUCCACUGCGUGGCAGUGUGGCCCGGGAGCUACAAGCUCCUGUGCCUAGAAACCUUCAGCCUUCGAGGACACUUGUGAAGCCCACUGCCCUGACAGGGACAUUGCAGGUCCUCCUCUUGGGCUGUGAGCAGCUGCUGACAUCUGUGCCUGGACGUUCUCCUGUGGCUGCACUGGCCGGGAGCCCCUCCGAGGGCUGGCUUUGGGCCAGGGCCAAGCAGCAGCGUGGCGGGGGUGAGCUGGCCAAUGAGGUGCUGGCCGUGCUGAAGGUGGACAACCGUGUUGUGGGCCAGACUGGCUGGGGGCCAGUGGCCAAGCAAUCUUGGGACCAGACCUUUGUCAUCCCCCUGGAGCAGGCUCGUGAGCUGGAAAUCGGGGUGCACUGGCGGGACUGGCGGCAGCUGUGUGGUGUGGCUUUCCUGAGGCUUGAGGACUUCCUGGACAAUGCCCGUCACCAGCUCUCCCUCAACCUGGUGCCUCAGGGGCUGCUUUUCACCCAGGUGACCUUCUGUGACCCCGUCAUUGAGAAGAGACCUCGGCUACAGAGGCAGAAACGCAUUUUCUCUAAGCGCAGAGGCCAGGACUUCCUGAGGGCUUCCCAGAUGAACCUCAGCAUGGCGGCCUGGGCGCACUUAGUCAUGGAACUUCUGCCCCCCUGCAGCUCCCCAAGCACGAUCAGCCCCCCUAGAGGCUGCCCCCAAACCCCAACCACACCUCGGGAGGCCGCUGACCCAGCCGCCUUCAGUAAUUUCCCACCCAGGAAAUCCCCCUCGGGAGAAGAAACAAAGCCCCCACCCAAGCCUCCACGAAUUUACCUGCCCCGGGAACCCACCCCUGAGGAGACUCCGUGCACCAAGCGCCCCCACAUGGAGCCCAGGAUGGGAUUUGGAUCAUCUCUACCAGCCUCACCCACCAGGAAACCCCCCCGGCUUCAGGACUUCCGCUGCUUGGCUGUGUUGGGCCGAGGUCACUUUGGGAAGGUCCUCCUGGUCCAGUUCAAGGGGACAGGGAAAUACUAUGCCAUCAAAGCGUUGAAGAAGCAGGAGGUGCUUGGCCGGGAUGAGAUAGAGAGCCUAUACUGUGAGAAGCGGAUCCUGGAGACUGUGGGCCACACUGGGCACCCCUUCCUGCUCUCCCUUUUUGCCUGCUUCCAGACCCCCAGCCACGCGUGCUUUGUGACUGAGUUUGCGCCUGGAGGAGACCUCAUGAUGCAGAUCCAUGAGGAUGUCUUCUCUGAGCCCCAGGCCCGGUUCUACUUGGCUUGUGUGGUCCUGGGCCUGCAAUUCUUACAUGAAAAGAAGAUCAUUUACAGAGACCUGAAGUUAGACAACCUCCUGUUGGAUGCUCAGGGGUUCCUGAAGAUUGCAGACUUUGGGCUUUGCAAGGAAGGGAUUGGCUUUGGGGAUCGGACAAGCACCUUCUGUGGCACCCCAGAGUUCCUGGCCCCUGAGGUGUUGACCCAGGAGACCUACACGCGGGCAGUGGACUGGUGGGGGCUUGGCGUGCUGCUCUAUGAGAUGCUGGUGGGCGAGUGCCCGUUCCCAGGAGACACCGAGGAGGAGGUGUUUGACUGCAUUGUCAACAAGGAUGCUCCAUACCCCGGCUUCCUGUCUGUGCAAGCACUUGAGCUCCUGCUGAACCUUCUUCAGAAGUGCCCAGAGAAGCGCCUGGGGGCGGGUGAGCAGGAUGCCGAGGAGAUAAAGGCACAGCCUUUUUUCAGGGCCACAGACUGGCAGGCCCUGCUCUCCCGCACCGUCCAGCCCCCCUUCGUGCCUACCCUCUGUGGCCCUGCAGAUCUGCGCUACUUUGAGGGCGAGUUCACGGGGUUGCUGCCUGCCCUGACCCCGCCUGACCCCCGAAGCCCACUCACUGCCCGCCAACAGGCUGCCUUCCGGGACUUCGACUUUGUGUCAGAGCAAUUCUUGGAGCCCUGA